AUGGAGGGUUCAUUGAAGAAGGCAGUUUCUGAGGAAUACAAUAGAUACAUCGAGGGAGAGUCUUGCAGGUUGAGGAUAAGUUCUUCUGGACCUCUUUUCUCAUUGAAUCGGUAUGAUCUAUCUGGAGAAAAGGUCAAGGUGUUUUCUGUGGAGCUUACAGGAGAUGAGUUCUAUGUGAUUGAUGGCUAUCUUCUUUUGUAUCGAGGAAGCACGGUCGGAAUCUACAGAUACGACAAGAGGUUCAAGUGCACGAAAGUGAGAAGCAUAAGCCUCCAUCUUCUGAUAUUUUUGCUGAAGAAGAAAGCAAUAAGCCGGAGAUGCAGACUUUUGUUCUAUAACAUACUUUUGCAUCUUGUAAAGAGCAAUGAGAAGAAAUACGACAUGAAGCUAAGGGAAAUAAUGUGUCACAUGUGUGUUGACUGGAUGGUGGAUGUGAAGCUGGGAGAUGGAAUGGCUUUGUGCACAUACAGAAAUGGAGAGUCGAGGAUCUACAACGAUAGACUGCAGAUUGUCAAUGACAACUUUUUGCAAAGAAAAGACGGAAGCACGAUAGAGUGUGGAGACCAGAGAGUCCGGAUGAUGAAGGGCCGUGUUGAAGUGGCGCGGAACGGCUGCAAAUUCAAAAGUGUGUUUGCCGUGGGCGAAAUACGCCAGUACAUUGCGCUUGGAAGCAAUCUGUUCCUGCUUACGGAGGAUUCGAUAAAGAUCCUGAGCUUUGAGGAAUAG